AACCAGAGGGUUAUUCACUCUGCUCGUAUUCAAUCAUAUCAGAUUUCACGAUGAGCCGCAAUGAGAGAACCGGUCGUUGGUAGUUAUAAGUUUACAAGCGACAAGACAUUUCACUUGUUAAGCUGUACCUGGGAUAAUAUUUUUUAAAAAUCAUUAUUAUUUAUCAUGAAUACUGAAAGAACUGCGCUGCUUAAUAGUGAAGUCAAUUCUGGUCUUAGUAUUUUUUUUGCUACUCUUUGUAUCAUCGAUAUCUUUGGAGUAUUUCCUAUUAUCGCUUUACCUCAUGCUAUUAUACAUUGCGGAUUGCUGGGAAUCCCUUUAGUAAUAGUUGUUUUUUUUCUACAAAUUUACACGGCAUCGUUGCUUGGUAAAUCAUGGAUCAUUGCUACUGCGCUAGAUCCACAAAUCUUACGAAAAAACCGACACCCGUUGGCUGCUGUUACGGAAAUGACUUUAGGAAAAAAAAUGCGAACAUUUGUAACAUUGCUUUUAGAUCUUACAAUAUUCGGCUGUGGGAUUCCUAAUUUACUAGUUGCAUCACAAAAUUUACAAUUGUUUGGAUUGAAAGUAUCAGAUAAUCAAUUUAAUUUAUCAUUUUGCUACUGGCUACUGGUUGUGGGAAUCGUUCUCUGCCCACUGAUGUGGCUCGGAAGCCCUCGGGACAUGAAACCGUUGGCUAUUUUUUCAACGAUAGCUGUUACAAUGACAACUGUAUUGAUAUGGUGGUGCAUACUUGCUGAUGAUAGGGCAUUAGAUCCAGCACCAAUACCCACAUCACCAACGUGGGAUAAAUUUAUAUCAGGAUACAGCAUGCUGGCAUUUCAGUUCGAUGUUCAUCCGACCUUGAUGACUAUUCAAGUGGAUAUGCGACGUCCUCAGCAUAUAAAUAAAGCCGUCGUCUCAGCGUUUCUCGUUAGCGGUUUAUUAUUUGGAGUAACAGCUGGUUUGUCAGCAUGGAAAUAUGCCGGUAGCACAACAGCAAAUAUUUUACAAAUAGCACCAGCUGGGCAUGUCAGUCGUGCGGCAAUACUUCUAUCAGCGUUGCAAUUAAUUUUUUCAAGUGUCAUAGGACAUGCGGCACUUUUUUUGCAUCUUGAAGAUGAACUUCACGUCCGACGAACAUUUGGAUGGAAACGAUGCGCAAUGAGAUCAGCGGUGGUAUUUCUAGGAGUUGCUGUUGGUGAAUCAGUACCACGUUUCGAUAUCGUCAUGUCUUUAAUCGGAGGUACAUUGACUGGACCUCUUGUAUUUAUUUUACCGCCGAUAAUGUACGCGCGUGCAAAGACUAUGAAAAAUUCUUUCAACAAAUUUAGUACGACCCCAGACGUAUUUUCCGCAGCCGAAAGACCCUCUGAUGAUGAUGUGAUGUCAGACGAAACACGUGCGCAUUCAAAGUCAACUUACUUCGGUAUCCCGGAAAAUAAAAAAAAUCGUCAGCGCUAUACGUAUGUUUACUACAGUGAUAAUGACGCAAACGGUAAUGAUAAUGACGACGAUGAUUCGGAAGGAUUACUUUCUGAUGUAGACGAUCGACGUGCGCUAAAAAAAGUUCAACCUCAUAUUUUGAUGAUCGAGCGCAAUAAAUCAACGGCGGCAUUUAUCAAUGCGACAAAGCCGGAAAAAAUUCGCGCGGCAACAAAGUAUCAGUCGUUUAUUAAUAAUAACAAUAAUGAGAAUACAGAUAGCAGAUGUAAAAUGAUUUUUAAACAAUUAAGUAGCAUGUUCGGUUACUUUGUUGUUAUAAUGGGAGUUCUUAUCACAAUCUCAGCGACUUAUAUUAAUAUUAAAAAUACGAUUCGGUUUGUUAAGUUUACACCGCCUUGUAUAAUCAAUGCUUCGGUUAAAGCAUCAUAAUUAUAUAACAUAUAAUAAAAGGAUAUAAAUAAAUUGUCGGCAAUUGUUGACGAUCUAUGAUAUCGAAGUUACCCGACGUCUAAUAAUUAAAAACGAUAAAUUAUUUUUAAAAAUUCCACCUAUAGCUUUUUUAAUUUUGUACAUGUGCAUGUUUUUAGUUUUUUGUAAUUAACUUAAAAAAAAAAUCCGGAAAUUCAUAAUUGUCUACUAACGAGGAUCAUUGACGAACUUUAUUCUUAACUUAAAUGAAAUUUCUUUAUUAUUAUUAUAUAUAUAUAUUUAUAUUUUAUGAUUAUUGAGUUCUUUAUAAAUAUUAUAAAAUAUUUUAUUCAACAUAAAUAUCUAUGAUACUGAAAGUAGCAGUCAUUGAAAAAAUUUAUUUAUUUUCAAUAAACAAAGAAAUUACUGACAGGCAAAAAUUUGAAAAAAUUUAUGAGCGUGAAUGUAGCAGACACCAGACAAAUUUAAAAUUAUUAAUAAAUAGAGUAAACAAUUAAUUUUUAAAAUUAAAAAAAAAAUGCGCAUUUAAAAAAUUUUAAAAUUCAUAAGUGCAUUUUUUGUAAAUAUAAUUUUUUUAAUUAUUUACUCUAUUUAUUUAUAAUUUUAAAUUUGUCUGAUGUCUGCUACAUUCACACUCAUAAAAAUUAAUGUACAGAAUUUUCAAAAAUUUUAUUGUGUAUAUUUUUUAAACAAUUUUCUGUUGACAAUUAACUUGGUAAUUAAAAACACCAAAGUUGUCAGAUGUCGGCUGCUUUCAACAUCUGGACAUGAUAUUUUACUAUAUCUUUAUAAUUAUCGCAUUCUUUUAUAAUUAAGUACUAAAAUAAUAUUCUGAUUUGUUAAUAUUAUUAUAUUUUAUAUUAAAAUUUAUGAUACUGAAAAUAAGGCAUUAAAAAUUUUUCUUUCAUAAAAUUACACACGAGUGUGAAUGUAGCAGACA